AUGUACGCGCUUCUGUACGCGCUGUUCAAGCGCCAGGACUUUGCGCUCUUCGCCAAGCUCAACUGGCUCGCCAUCCUCAUCGACGCCACGGACGGCACCCUGGCCCGCGCCGUCGACAUCAAGAAGGUCGUCCCCACGUACGACGGCGCCUUGCUGGACAACAUCAUCGACUACCAGACCUUCGCCGUCCUCCCCGCGCUCGCCGUCAUUGUUUUCGAGAUCGUCCCGGGCUCCGCCCUCCAGUUUAUCGUCGCUGCCAUGGUCCUGCUCUCCGCCGCAUACCAGUUCUGCCAGACCACCGCGAAGACCACCGAGGCCUUCGUCGGCUUCCCGAGCUACUGGAACAUCGUCGUCUUCUACAUCUACUACCUCGAGUGCUCCAUGCCAGUAGCCGUCGCAGUUUUCACCGCGUGCGCCGUGCUCUCCUUUAUCCCCAUCCACUUUAUCUAUCCCACGCGCACUAUCGCCUUCUUCAACCUCAACAUCAUCGGCGCCGUCAUCUGGGCCACGCUCAUGCUAUUUCCCACCUUCUUCCCAAAGUCCCAGUACGCCCGCCCGGCCCUGUACGCCUCGUUCGUGUACGCCGCCUACUACCUCCUUGUCUCGCUCUACCUCGACAGCCUCAGGAGGAUUGAGGAGCGAAAAGCAUAGUGGCCGCGCGAGGGACGCCAGGCGUUGCAUAGUGGCCGCGAGCUGCGCCUUUGUCUUGUUUUUGCUUUAUACCUUUGAGAUCCUUCAUUUUGAAGUGGAGACGACAUCCGCUGUUUCGAUACUAGAUCACAAUGCUUGUACAUCUGCAAUUUCCCAGAAUGCAAAUAAAGACAGGCCCGUCACGCCGCCGCACGGCUUCCAGUUUU